UCAGUUCACAAGUGAGCUGUUUACGUUUCGCGUCUACAUUGAAAGAAGAAUUAAUUGUGUUAUCGUGCGUUUAUUUAAAAUAAGAACAUUCAUAUUCUUUGAAAUUCGAAUAAAGAUUAUUUGAAUUUGGAAAUUAAUUUUCAUUAUUUUCAAUUUUAUAAUCAAAAUAAAAUGUUUGAGAAGAAAGCACCAGCUUUUACAGAACUCAGCGAGUUUGGCAGCGUGAGCGCGGGCGGUACAGUCCAGUUUGCGACAGACGACUUCUUUGCAACAUGCGAGAAUAUGAUUUCGGAUUCGGAACCGAUAUGGAUCGGUGACAAGUAUACGGAGUUCGGCAAGUGGAUGGACGGGUGGGAAACCCGGCGCAAGCGCAUCGCUGGACACGACUGGUGUAUCCUCAAGCUGGCUACUAAGUGUGUCAUUCGAGGCUUGCUGGUGGAUACGGCGUUCUUCACUGGGAAUUACGCUCCGAAGUAUUCUAUUCAAGCUGCUUGCCUCACUCCUGAAGAAGAAGUUGUGAUACCCGAACGGCAUUCUCAAAUGGGCGCGGCUUGCACCGAGCGAGACUUGGAACAGAUCAGACGGCUUAAUUCUGAGAAAUGGGACGAGAUAGUGCCUAUUACCGCCCUGCGCCCUGGCUACGAAGACACGAGGCUUAACUACCAAAAGGUGGUGAGUGACGAAGCAUACACACACAUCCGAGUGAACAUGUACCCUGACGGAGGGAUCGCUCGUCUACGAGUGUUCGGCGAGGCCCGACCAGAGGCCCCACCUUCUCAUCAGAUCAUCGACCUGGUGUCACUGCUGAGCGGGGCUACGUGUCAAGGUUACUCCAACGCGCACUACGGCCACCCUCGCAACAUGAUCAAGCCGUGCAAGAGCGCCAGUAUGGCCGACGGUUGGGAGACCGCCCGCCGGCUAGACCGCCCGCAGAUCAUCGAGGCUAAGGAAGAUGGCACUCUUAAGGUUUCAGGAGAAGAAUGGGCAGUAUUCAAGUUAGGCUUCCCGGGGAGGAUAGAGAAGGUGUGCGUCGAUACGGCACAUUUCAAGGGAAACUUCCCGGACUCAGUGAAGAUUGAAGGAACUUACCUAGAAUGCGCGGACUGGACACCGGAAACCAAGAAUAACAAUUGGCACAACAUUCUUAAACCGAGCAAGUUGUCAGCCAACAGCGAGCACUGGUAUGACUGCAAGUCUGACCUUAUCACUCACAUUCGCGUUACCAUGGCUCCAGAUGGAGGUAUCAGCAGAAUAAGAACUUAUGGAUAUGCUGAGACGAACAUCAUUACUCCGAUGUAGAAGAAAAUAUAAAAAAGCUUAAAAAGCUUUGAUGGACAAGUAUUUGUUGAAGGUCUAGGCUAUGUCGUAAAAGAUCUGGUAAUGACCAUCCAUGCGGAUUAAAAAGGUUACAUUGAAGCAAUUCAUCUAAGAAAAGCAAUAUUGCUAUUUGACAUUAGUUGACAUUCCGCACUUACAAAUAGCAAUAUAGCUUUUUUAGAUGAAUUGAUUCAAUGUUGCCUUUUUUGAACCCUGAUGUUUAUACAACUGUAUCAAUGCAAUUAUGAUUGGACCGCAACCAAAUCGAUUCUGUAUCUGCGUAUUAGUUUGAAGUGGAAUAAUUUUACUUGAAUGGAGAAUGUUGGUAAAUAAAAAGUUGUAGAAUGGCACAGUGGCUGUCAAACUGUAAGAUUACUGGACGAAUUGCGUCUAGAGGAUUAAUCUGCGUAAGCGUUUCGUAAUUUUAGCCUAUAGAGUGACUACCCUUAAGAAGGAUAACACAUUGCGAAGUAUGUGCUCCGCACGCCUCGCUUUGCGUGUACCUUACCUUUAUGUUCGUGGCGGAGGCACCGAUUGAAAUUAAUCGUAUACAUAUUGUGAGGCGGGCAGCGCAGGACCGAUCGUCGUGGAGAUCCUUGGGGGAGGCCUAUGCCCAGCUGUGGGCGUCGUACGGCUGAUGAUGAUAUUGUGAGGCGUUUGGCGCAUGGCGAGGCACAUGAAUCGCAAUGUGUAUCCGCCUUUAGAAAGUUAUAAAUACUUUAAUAUUCUUAAGUUUUCUUGGUGGAAGUUCCUUCAUUUCUCUUUUUAUUCCUUCAUGUCGAUUUAUUUCUGUCUCAAUACUACAUAAAAUGUGAACUUUUUCUAGUUCAGAUGAUGUUAUGGUUUGUUUGUACCUGCUUAGAGUUUUGUAGAAAACCACAAAUUAUUUAAUUAUUUUUAAGAUUUCUAGUAUUAUUAGCUUUUAAGUACUUACAAAUAGGUAUAUUGCUGAAAUAUUGCAAUGUCAUUAAGCUUGAUGGUAAAUAAAAUUGAUUACGUUA